AUGUCACCAAAGUUGUUUUGUUUAGCAGAUGUUUGUAUGGUACCCAUUGGUACCUCUACAGCAAGUGUAUCAGAUUUUGUUGCGUCAGUUGAAAUCAAGAUUCGUGAAAGUGAAUUGAAAAGUACAUUACAUAGUGCAGGUACUACCAUUGAAGGACCUUGGGAUGAUAUUAUGAACUUGAUUGGUAUUUCAUGA